CGCCCACAGGGCGGCCAUGAGGGGCGGUUCCUCCUUACCCGCGGAAGUGACGGCGCAGAGGAGCCGCCAUGAAGCCGGCGGUGGACGAGAUGUUUCCCGAGGGAGCCGGGCCGUACGUGGAUCUGGACGAGGCAGGGGGAAGCACGGGGCUGCUGAUGGACCUGGCCGCCAACGAGAAAGCUGUGCACGCCGACUUCUUCAAUGAUUUUGAAGAUCUCUUUGAUGAUGAUGACAUCCAGUGAACUUGGUUGUCCAGCUAUGCAGUGCUGAGAUGUGGAUUUUUCUCUAGGAUCACCUGUGGUGUCCAUUAUUUAUUAAAGUAAUCAAAAUGGGAAAAUCACAAGCGGGGGGGGAAACCUGUAUAAGCUGCUCGGGGAAUAUGAAAACCAGAUGGUUAAAGAUAACUAAGGAGGGAAUUGUGGAAUGUUAUUUCUAGGAAGCUGUGCGUAGAUUUCUGUGGAAAUUUUAUUUGCUGAUGUGCUUAUUGAAUAAAAUACUAAAAGAAACUCUCCUUCACUCUGGGUUAUACUUUGAAAGUAGA